AUGCCUUUUCUUUAUUCCAGAUGGCACACAAAAUCCCAGUGUCAUGUCUUCGACAAACCUAAUUCCUUCAGUAUUAACCACAAGGUCAGAGAGAGCUAUCUUCGAAACGUCGCCAAACUUCUUCCCAGCUCAUCGACCGCCAAGGGUUAUAGGGCUCGAUCCCCGUUCGAGUCAGCUUUGAAACCCAUCGCUCAACUGGAAGGCUGUGUCAGUUGUAGUUCCUUGAUUUGGACUGAAACCAGACAGAAUAUCCGGCUCUUGUCAGCUAGCAAGGAAGAUCAGAAUGGGGAAGGAUCUUCAGGUCUCAGUCAGGAUGUCGAGCUCGUUUCAGAGUGGAGAAACACGGACCCUUGUUGCCUCAAAGUAAUUGAUGCGGAUGAUCCAACGCAAACGAAAUUAGGUGAAGGUAGGGUUACUAUUGAGCUGAAAAGCAAGCUUAUCGUCAACGCUUCCCAAUUUAUCAAAGAUCUAGAAUCACCCCGGGAGAGGAACUCCUACUAUCAUAAGCCAACUGGAAGCGCCUAUCCAGUCAUCAAUAUGAAGUUUGAUGAUUUCGCUCAUCUACAAAGAUCGAUUCCCGAUUUUAUCAGCAUCAAAGGUUAUCUCGACUCGGAACGGAAAGCGUGGCUGGGAGAUCCAGGUGAUAACUUGAUAGAGGUGAAGUUCUCCUGGGAGGAAAGCGGACGAGAUCGGUCCAUCCCCGUUAGCGUGGAAGAAGUGUUGACGGCUGACUUUACGAUUACAAAUUGCCAAUGGAGAUGA